AUGGAGACGUACAAGGAGAAGUUAACGCAAAGGGCUCAGGGUCGCGCAGCUGCUAGCGAAGACUUCGACGCUCUCUUGAAGCGACAAACUGGCGACAAGUUCUUGACAAACAAAACUGAGCAAUUUGCUGUCAACUCAAGUCUGCUUCCGGAUCUGAGCUUUGAUAUUGGCGAGUCAUAUGCUGGUCUCCUUCCCAUUGGCAACUCUAAUGACACGGAUUUGUUCUUUUGGUUCUUUCCCUCAACGAAUGAAGCAGCAAAGGAAGAGGUUGUCAUUUGGUUUACCGGCGGUCCUGGCUGCUCAUCCAUGAUCGCCUUGCUUGAGGAGAAUGGGCCCUUCACGUGGCAGCCCGGCACCUACAAACCCCAGCUCAACCCAUGGAGUUGGCACCAUCUCAGCAACGUGCUUUGGAUCGACCAGCCUGUUGGCACUGGGUACACCUCUGGCGAACCGACUUACCACAACGAGAGUGAGGUUGCCGACCAGUUUAGGGGCUUCUGGAAAAACUUCGUCGAUACUUUUGGCAUGCAUAACUACAAGGUAUACGUCACCGGCGAGAGCUAUGCCGGGCUUUAUGUCCCGUACGUGGCUGGUGGAAUGAUCGAUCAGAAUGACACUGAAUAUUUCGACGUCAAUGGAAUCAUCGUCUAUGAUGGUGUUCUAAGCGAUAUCUCUGGCGAUAUCGUCACUGUUCCGUUCGUCGACUACUGGCAUGGGCUAUUCCCCUUCAACCAGUCGUUCAGCGAAAAUAUACACAAAGCGCACGAAAGCUGUGGUUAUGCCGAAUAUCUGGACAAGUACCUUGUCUACCCACCCUCCGGCCAACAGCCAAACGACAGGCAGCCGGGUAUCAACGACAACCACACUAUGUAUCUGCCCGGCUGUGACGUCGUCAACAAUGUGUUUGAGGCUAUUCUGGACUUGAACCCUUGUUUCAACAUCUACGAGGUCAGCGCACAAUGUCCCCUACCAUACGACCCUCUCGGCUUCGCUGCCGCCAACUUCUACUCGCCACCAGGAGCUCCCACGAUCUACUUCAACCGCACCGAGGUCAAACAAGCACUGCACGUGCCUAUUGACACGGACUGGGAAGUCUGCAAGGAUGGCGUGUUCCCCUAUGGCGACAGAUCGGCACCCUCGAGCAUUGUGCAGAUUCCGAAAAUCAUCGACAAGACGCAAAACGUGCAGCUGGUGCACGGAAUCCUGGACCUGGUGCUCUUUGAGAACGUCACCCUGCUUACGAUCCAGAACAUGACCUGGGGCGGGCAGCUCGGAUUCCAGGAACGGCCGACCGAGCCUCUUUUCGUUCCCUAUCACGUUAGUCCCGACCUGGGAACGGCUGCGGGAUCGGGAGUCUUGGGUACGGCACACACUGAACGCGGUCUUACCUACUCCACUGUCAUGCUCAGUGGACACGAGGUCCCUGGAUUCCAGCCCAGUGUCGCGUAUCGUCAGCUUGAGGUCUUGCUGGGUCGCGUUGAGAACUUGCAGUCCAGAGUGCCUUUCACGACCGAUACAAACAACACGGCUCAGCCUACUGAGGAUGAACCUGGCACGGGAGAUAAUUAG